AUGGCUGGUAGGUUGUCCUGCAGCCAAUCAUCCCUGGUGCGUCUGCCCGGAGCUCCACAGCAGCAGCAGCAGCAGCAGCAGCAGCAGCAGCAGCAGCAGCAGCAGCAGCAGGGCGGCCCACUCCGAGUGCUGCCGCUGGGGCCUUGGCUGCGCCUGCUGGCGGCGGUGCUGGCCGUGCUGCUGCUGCUGCUGCUGCUGCUGGUGGUGGUGGUGGUGCUGCUGCUGCUGCUGCUGCUGCUGCUGCUGCUGCUGCUGCUGCUGCUGCUGCUGCUGCUGCCCCUGCUGCCGCUGCUGCUGGAAGUGCGGCUGCCGCAGCGGCUGCUGCUGCUGCGGCUGCUGCUGCUGGUGGUGGUGGCUGAAGUUCGCCGGCUGGUUUUGAUUGUGGCUGGCGCGGCCGCCGCUGCGGCGGCCGCCGGCUUGCGCCCACGGCUCAACCCCCGCCUGCUGCCCUGA